CCAACACACACACAACCCCCCUGUGAUCAGUGUAUGGCUGCAUUGUUGCACAAUAUUAUUUCUUUCCCCGCACAAAUAAUCCGAUCGUGUCUGCGGUUUCGCUUGCAGACACUUGGUCUCCGCGGCGGGAUGAACUAUGAUCGGAGAUAAACAAGCAGAGGAACACGGAGCGACAAACCCGAGUCUGUAUAAUCCAGCUGGACAUCGCGGGGGAAGAUGAGGACCAUGAUGGUUUCGAUGAAAACAGCAUUAUUUGUAUUUCUGCGCUGGGGACUCCACUUCGCUGUGUGUCGUGAUGUAACACUUCCCGAUGGACCCCUGUACCGCGUUGCAGGGUUCUCCCUGUCCCUGCCCUGUGCUGUUUCAGGGUACGAAGGCCCUCGUACGCAGGACUUUGAAUGGUUCCUGUACAGAGAUGAUUCUGGUGGGAGGCAGAUGGGAGUGGUGUCCACCAGAGACAAGGGCUUCCCUUACACCCCGUUUCAAGCCCGGGUGAGGAACGGGGAGUUGAGGGUGGAGAGGGACUCGGGGGACAAAGUCCGACUGGUAGUCCAGAGGCUCCGGGCCGAUGAUCAGGGGAAGUACGAGUGCUACACACCCAGCACAGACAGCAAAUACCAGGGGAACUACAGCGCCUUAGUGACUGUCAAAGUGAUCCCUGACACACUCCAGAUCAGCUAUUCCCGCUCACUCACCGGCCAGCCUGUGCCAGAAGGGGCUGAGUUAACCCUGACAUGCUCAGCAGGCAUCCAGUCGGAGCAGCUCACCCACCUUUCCAUCACUUUUGGGAAACGUAGCGCUGGAGAGGGUUUGGCGAGCGAAGCGGGAGGUGAGGUCAGCACUGUUAGAGAGAUUAUCUCCAUUGACAAGAUGCUGGGGGUCGUCCCUGGGCGUAUGUACAAGAAGCGGUAUGACGAUGGAGAGAUCACGCUGGAGAAAAGGAACGGGGAAGCUGGACUGGGCGUGUAUGUGAUGAAGAUGAGGGCAGUGCAGCCGGACGACACCGGCUCGUAUUACUGUGAGGCCUCGCAGUGGAUUCGGGACCCUGAUCGAUCGUGGCAGAAGAUCGCACUGAGGACGCUGGAUAUUGGCAACCUGACCGUUCGGCAACUAGCGGAGUCUCUUAGUGUAACAUCCUCACCCAAAGGAGAAGUGACUCUGCAGGUCGGUUCCCCUCUCAUCCUGACCUGUGAGGUGCUGGGGCUGCCAUCUCAAGUAAACUCGGGCCUGCUGGUUCAGUGGAUGAGGCGGGGAUCUGUAAGCAGCGACGUAGCUGGUACCGGGGGGGUCGAGGUGGAGGUGGCCCGGAUGAGCCCAGACGGUGUAGUGAGCUGGGGCGACGACCUCAGCCGGUCUAGCGGGGGAUCUAUGGAGAAAGUGGCAGAAGCGAGGUACUCUCUGAAGCUGUUCUCUGCCCGCCCCUUAGACUCAGGGGUGUAUCGGUGUGUGGUGAGUGUGUACGCUGGAAGGAGAGACCCUGGCCCCUCUACUCCUGCAACACUCACCCAGCGGUCUGAGGGAGUCACUGUCAACCUCAAGACCAAAGAUGUGCUGGUUUCAGCCGUGGCUCAGCUUCCUCGAGGUCCCCUGUUAAAAAGAGGCAGCACCAUCACCCUGAUCUGCAAUGCCACUGUGACAACCACAGGUCCUGCCCAGGCACAGGUGCAGUGGCUUCGCUGGCCGAUUCCAGUCAUCAAGAAUGGCCAGAGAAAAGCAUCUGAUGUUACUCUGCCAGACCCCCCUGUUGAGGAAAAACCCAGACUGGUAGCUGCCCUCAUGUAUGAUGGGGUUGCAAAGAUUUACGCCAACAGUAGCGAGGUUAGCGUCGACCGCCUGUCCGCUGUCAGCUACAGACUGAGGGUCCACACAGCAACAAUGGAUGAUCAGGGCCUGUAUGUGUGUCAUGCUGAGGCAUGGGGGCAGGACCCACAUGGAGGCUGGUACAACACAGGGGCCAAAGCAGAGUCAAAUGCAGUAACUGUUUACCUGUAUGCCAGAGCUGCUGACCUCCUCCUCAUCCCUUUGGUUGUCGGAGUCUCCUCUGCCUUGUUUGUGGGCAUCGUCAUCAUCGCAACAGUAACCUGUUGCUUCAUGAAGCGACUGGCGAGGCAACGUGCUCAAAAGUAGCGCUGUGCCGCCGCCACCUGUCUGAACUCUAAAUGUCCGUGAAGAGGCACAUAGAGGUGGUAUAGAAUAUGAUCGAUGAAAUGGCCGAGAAUUAACUUGAAGACUAAAUGACUGUCACCUUGUCAGUUGAUUUUUUUUUUGUGUGUGUGUUUUGACCUAACUGUCUAACAGUCAAUGCCAACAGAUGUUGUUUUAUAUUCUCUUGUAUUUUUCUCUGAAAACAACAAAAUAUUUUAGUGGUUACUGUAUCACCCAUCAGUUGGCAUAAUAUCGUGGAUUUUUGAAGCUACUGCCACUGUGUACUGCUCAGAUGAACAAAGACUUACUUUUAGAGUCUGUUUCCAUGUUAGCCUGAACCACCUUUUUUAAUGGUCCCUUUGUCCCCUGCUUAUCACUUUCAAAUCCAAAAGGGUCAAAAUGCACAGGCAAGAUCCUUAUGACAAUCUAUGGUAAUGCAGAUACUGCAGGUUUGUUUUGAGUUUCUAAGAUGUGAGGAAUCUCACAUGCUAUGAAGUCGAGCAAACUGCCUCCUCACAAAUGAUCAUCUGAUUGUUACAAUAUGAAGGUACCCAGCGCUUUUUAGCCAGACUGCCAGACAUUUUGAAUGACGCUGGACGCUCAUCCUGCACUAGGAAUGUAAUGCUUCUGUCUUCAAACAAUACUGUGUUCCAGGUGUUCCUUCUUCAAACUGCAUGUUUUUCAUUUAUUACAAACAUCAAAAAUGUAUAAACGUCUUUGCACAGUUAAGCCUCGACCACUGCCACUGGCAGUCACAUGAAUGCUGAUGGGAACAGCCCAGCCAGCAGAAACUUAAGAGCAGGGCGCUCCACCGCCUGCAGUCCAGCGCCACUCUGUAUGUUAACAAAGUCUGUCUGUUACUUGAUAAGGAACGGCGCUGGCUGGGGACUUUCUGAUGCGAAGACCAAUUGAGUAUCAGUUCCAAAUUCCUUGCUUGUGACCAUCACGCUGUAGUGAGCUUUCUAUACAGACUUGUAUAAAUUGGACAAAGAGAAAUGGAAGUGGUAUCCAUUAUGCACUGAGCUAAAAUAUGUAAAUACUGUAUGGAGUUUAACUGUUUUAUUUUUCUUAAUGUAAGUGAGACAAUGCUGUAGUGCCAUGUCUUUGGCAAAGCACCUGUGUUUAACAUUCAGCAGUAGUCUGUUCUGCUCGUUUGAAGCACUUGGACAAAAAUAGGACCAAAAGCCCCUUGGUGUAAUUCUUUCACUUGACUUUCUUCCAGCCUGCUGUACUUGAGUAAGUACUUUUGGGUGUUUUUUGUUUUGUUUUUUUUUUUUUGUUUUUUUUUUUUUUCUGUGAUUCAUGCUUCCUUUUGCUCUCGUCAAGUGACUGGAAUAGAAAACAUACAGUGACAAAGACUCCCCUGUUUAUUACACUGAGCAACACAAACAAAAAAACGCUGUUUAGGAUGUAUGUCCCUGAGGUGAAAAUUCCCCAAGCAGUGCAGUCAUAUGACCUGAUAAUUUAGUGAAGUCUCACCAUCAUUGUCAUCAUAGCUAUCAUGUGGUUCGGACCACACAUUUCUGCUGCUGAGACAUAUUAUGACCAUAGCCCCCCGCUGUUAGCCCACAGAAAUCUGUUGGACAGAUUUACUAUGUCUGCGCAGUUAUAAUGAGUGAAAUCCAUCCUCCUCUUCCUGUUGCAAAUAACACCGAUGAAAAGUUUGGUCACGAGAGUGCCGUAUUGUUGGAUACAUGUGGAAAGGAGCAGGAAAGUACAAUGUGUUGUUAUCCAGCUUGCGGCUUUCUCAUGAAAGAUUAUUUAAGGUCAGUUUUCUUUUUUUUUCUGUAUUUGUUUGCUCUUAGCUAUACUUUACAUUCUCAGUGUGUCUUUACUGUCUGUCCCUGUCUCCUGAUUGGUUUUCAAUGUGAGAGUCCCUCUAAAUCUGCCUGUCCUCCCUAACCUGUGCUCUCUAAAACCCCCGAUUAUAAAUGUUGUUCACGAACAUUAGGGAAUAAAAUCACAGCUCUGCUUGCUUCCUGAGCCACUUUGUUCCAGA